ACAUUUAUCUUUAAUGACUCAGGAUGUGACAGUUUACUGGGUGGAGAGAGAGAGCAGCAGGCAGAGCACAGAGAGAGAGAGAGACUGAUUUACAGGCUGUUUGACUGACUGCACUUCAUCACACUCAUCCACCCUGUGACGCUGACGGAGGCUCAGCUGACGCUCUGAACAAAGAUGAACCUGGCUCUGAUCCAUGACAGACUGCACAUUAAGACGUUCUGGGAGAAGAGGAUUGACAGUCAGUGUCAGCAUGCUGAGAGCGAGGAGCAGAGGAUGGAGAGGAGUGCACUCAACAAGCUGAGGGAGGAAUGGCUGGUCCGUCUGGAGAACCGAACCAAACACCUGAAGAGCCUGAAUGACAACUACACCAGGAAGAUGAAGAUGGAGAGGUCAGCUAACCAAACAUGAGUUCCAACAAGCAGGGAUGAAGAUGCAGCAUGUCAUCCUCAUGUGGAUGACAGUAAAGACACUUUGACAAAUAAAUGCUUCGAUCUGACAAACACUUGAGAUCUGAUCUGAGACUCACUGUGUUUUAUUUCAUUCUGUCGACUGAACGUGAUGUGAGGUCAUUUGUGUCAGAAAAUAAUGAAACUCGGUGUAAAUAAAGUUUCUUAUCUGUGCAGGCCACAGAAAGAUACAACAUGUUAAUCAAUGAGCUAAGCUAAUCGACCACUGGUCUCAUGUAAUGUUUCAAACCAGAAGCUGCUGGAUAAUGGCGGAUUAUCCCCUCUGGGCUGGGAGCGAGUUGCUGCCCCAGGUGAAGUAGUUCAAGUAUCUUGGGGUGCAGGUGCGACAUCUGCAGUACUGUGGACGUUGAACUGGACCAAUGUGGUUCCAUUUUCCAGUCCAUCUACGUUCCAACCCUCACCUAUGGUCAUGAGCUUUGGAAAGUGACCUAAAGAAGAAAAAGUGGGUUUCCUCCACCGGGUGGAAACCAGACUUUGAGAUAGGGUGAGGAGCUUGGAGUCGACCUGAAAGGAGCCAUCUGAGGUGGUUCAACGUCUGAUUCAGGCGCCUUCCUUUGGAGCUGUUCCAGGCCCGUCCAACUGGAAGGAGACCCAGAAGACGUUGGAGGGACUAC